AUGCAGCCCUGUACAACACAGCUCUAUACAGCACCAUCCCUGUUCAACCGAGCCCAGUACAACCCAGCCCAGUACAACCCAAUCCAUUACAACGCAACUCGGUACAACCCUGCUCAAUACAUCCCAGCCCAAAACAACCGAGCCCUGUGCAACUCAGCCCUGUACAUCACAGCUCUGUUCAACACCAGCCCUGUUCAACCCAGCCCUGUACAACCCGGCCUAACACAACCCAGGCCUGUGCAACACAGCCUUUUACAACCUAGCCCAACUGUACUGUUCCAAUACAUUAGAACCCAACUUGGUACAACCCCGCUCAAUACAACCCAGCCCAACCUAGCACUGUACAACGCAGACCUAUACAACCCAGCCCAGUACAAAGCAGCCCUGUGCAACACAGCCUUCUACAACCUAGCCCAGUACAGCCCAGCCAAGUACAACCCAGCCCAGUACAACCCAACUCGGUACAACACUGAUCAAUACAACCCAGCCCAAAACAACCUAGCACUGUACAACAAAGCCCUAUACAACCCAGCCCAGUACAACCCAGCCCUGUACAACCCAGCACAGUGCAACCCAGCUCAAUACAACCCAGCCCUGUACAACACAGCCCAGUACAAUGCAGCCCAGUAA